AUGGAAUACUAUGGAAAACAUGCAGCCAUUGCUUUAGCCAUAUUGUCUGUAUUUCUGAAUAUCCUUCAUGCAAUACCAGAUGGAGAGCUCAUCAGGCAGGGUUGUACAGAAUGUCAACUAAAACUGCACACACGUGCAACAGCGCUCAAUGGGCAGCGUGUUUUCCAGUGCGUAGGAUGCUGUUUCUCAAGGGCUUACCCCACUCCCAUGAGGACAAAGAAAACAAUGCGAGUCCCAAAGAACAUUACAUCAGAAGCAACAUGCUGUGUAGCAAAAGCCUUCAAAAGGAUUUACUUUGAAAACAACACACCCAUGGAGAAUCACACUGAUUGUCACUGUAGUACUUGCUACUACCACAAAUCUUAAGACCUUUACGACUGGA